UUUUAAAAACCAAUAUAAGUAAAACAGUUGUGUUGGAUCUCCGCCAGAUUUAGACCUGGUGUAAGGACCGUUUGCCCGUGUGUUGUGAGUAAAUGUUUCUGAAUGUCACGAAUAAAGUGACGUUGCUUCUAGAAAGGCAGAUGACUAUCUUGAUUGCGCGUAUUAACUCUUUGGUUCAAACAUUUUGCACUUCCUGCAUCCAACAAAUUCAAUUUACUCCAGUCGUUAAAGCUGUCAAGCGUAUCUCUUUCUCUGUUAGUGUCUGUAAGUAUCAUGUCACCUUAAACAGUGAACUGUCAGUGAUGUCUGGAAGUCCUGCUGUGGUUAUGCGUCUGGUGGCCUCUGCCUACCGCGUGGCAGAGAAAGCUGGAGCAAUAGUGAGGCGGGUGCUUCAUAGUGGAGAACUUGGCAUCGUGGAGAAGACGGGAGCUAAUGAUCUGCAAACACUGGCAGACCGACUGGCACAGCAGAGCAUUUGUGCUUCACUUUCCAAGCGCUUCCCCAAAAUCACCAUCAUCGGAGAAGAGGAUCUUCCGGUGGAGGAGGUGAGCGGAGACCUCAUGGAGACUGGCCAGGAGGAGGAAAUCCUGCACAAGCCAUGUCCAGCAGAAUACAGAGAGCUGAAGGAGGAAGAGAUAGUUGUAUGGGUUGAUCCUCUUGACGGCACAAAGGAAUACACUGAAGCUUCGAUGUGUCUCAGGCGGCAAACUGAAGCCAGGACUCCACACAACCGGCCGGACACCUCGAAGCCUCACAGCACAGCUCUGUGGCUCCUGGAUAACGUGACUGUGCUCAUCGGCAUCGCAUAUGGAGGCAGAGCCAUCGCAGGCGUCAUCAACCAGCCCUUCUACAACUACCAGCUUGGAGAAGGAGCAGCUUUAGGAAGAACCAUAUGGGGAAUGGUGGGUCUGGGUGCCUUUGGAUUCGAGCUGCAGGAGGUUCCAGGUGACAGACGCAUCGUCACCACCACUCGUUCUCACAGUAACAAGCUGGUGAUAGACUGUGUAGACGCCAUGGAGCCUCAUGAAGUCAUAAGAGUGGGUGGUGCUGGAAACAAGAUAAUCCAGCUUGUCGAGGGUAGAGCCUCCGCUUACGUCUUCGCUAGCAUCGGAUGCAAGAAGUGGGACACGUGCGCUCCAGAGGCCGUUCUACAAGCCGUCGGAGGUAAACUCACUGACAUCUACGGCAACGCGUAUCGCUAUGACGCUAAUGUAAAACACAUGAAUUCUACCGGGGUCCUAGCGACGCUGCGCAACCACGAGUACUACACCAGCAGAGUACCACAGUCAGUGCUGCAAGCGCUUAAGUCAGAGUGAGGUCUGCUUCAGUAGGAACAACACUCAUGACCCUCACAUGGAGCCAUGGAAUCAACUCUAAUAACUGAUUAAUUUUAGGUUUUUAAAUGAUUAUUUGAUUAUACACUGUUUAUUUCAGUGUACUGCACAAACUAGUAUUUUGGUACAUGUACUGUAUUACUCAGCAACAGAGAGCAGCUCAACAACACGUCCAUUUAUUUCACUCAUUAAAUACAAACUCUUCUGUUUCCAACAUUCUUGGGUCAAAAGGAAAGUCAUAGCAAAGUCAAGGGGUGAUGCUGAAAGGAAAACUCAAAAAAACACUUUGGAUAGUGUGACCAUUCGAUAUAGUGAUGAGAAGACCAUUGCUGCUCCAGUUGGAUCUGUCCACAGGUUAGAACAAUGCUGCAUACAGACACCGCUAAAACCUAAUAAUUAUAUGUUUUGAUGCUUUUAUUUGCUGUUUCAUGCAGGCUGUGUUUGAGACUUUAUUUCUAUGUGCUGCUGGUUGCAAGGCAUUGGGUCCAAUCCUGCUGCCAGAGUAUAUUAGCCAGAACGGUAGAACGGUACAAACCUGUCAGUGGUAAUGAUCUUCUCAUCCAAAUUGCAAGAAUGUACAGUAAAUUAGCUUAUUUCACAAAAAUCCAUUCCUUGGAGCGGCGUGCAUGCGUUCACAACAUCACGACACGGGCAGUGAAGCAACUUUUCCUAAAAAAGGUUUAUAUUAAUAUUGCUGAACGGACUGAGUUCAUCACGUACCAUGGCAUCAGAGAAAGGAAAAGGAAACACCACUCACAUGUUCAUAGAAAUACCCAUAGAACAAGCACGGACCCUGCAGAUUCUGUUUAAACGUGAUCAAGCAGACUGAGAAAAGGCUGAGUGUUUGAGGCGCCUGCAGGGACCAGUCGGGGACCAGGGGAGGAGGAGGAGAGCCAGGGCCAGCCGCUCACCUCUUCUUGGGGGCUUGAGCGGUGCGGGGUGGGGUGACGGGGCGACCCGAAUUCACGCCUCCGUACUGGUACUUGGCCUUCUUCUCCGACGGCUUCAGGAUCUAAAAGACGGGAGGACGGUAGUAAUAAAAACGCCAGCAGCACAUUGAGUCAACAGACGGCUUUGUCCACCUGAAAGGAGCACAUGAGGGAGUCGUCCACGCUCAUCAUGCCGCCAGCGUUGUCGAACUCCCCGCAGUAGUUGGGGGCGGAAAACAGCGUCACCAGCUGCCGCUUGGCAAAGAACUCGUAUCCGUCUUCAACAACCUGGGAACAAUUUGGCCUCAUUUUAGAUGGGACGUCUGUCAUAUACAUUUUUGCAUGCGUUGAUGUUUACAGUGAGAGUCACACUACGUGGCUACAUGUGAUUCACCGUUUUUAAAGAAGUUGCCUUGAAUUAAAUUCUGUAACUUUCACUUGUACAAAUAAUUAUUUUCAAUAAAAUACAUUGAUUCUGUUUCUA